GUGCAUGGGGUUCCCGGUGGCAGUGAGCAGCGGUAUCCCCUCAAGCGUCUUGCGCGCCGUCGAGCGCCGGCCUCGCCAUGAGUUUCCCGCGGCCGCUGCGCAGAGCCGUCAGUUUGACCCCCGCGCGGACUCUCCGGCUGGUGGUGCUGGGGCAAGGCGCCGUGGGCAAAACAGCAUUGACAGUAAGAUUCAUCACGAAGCGAUUUAUUGGUGAUUAUGACCCUACUCUAGAGAUGAUUUACAGGCACACAGCAAUCAUAGAUGGAGACAUGGUUCAUUUUGAAAUUCUUGACACAGCAGGGCAGGAGGAAGAUUCUCUCCAAAUUGAAGAAAAGAUAAAGUGGGGAGAUGGAUUUGCUGUAGUUUAUUCUGUCACUGACAGGUGUAGCUUUGACGAGGUGAUGAGGCUGUGCUUUCUCAUUAACCACAUCCAUUCAAGCCCAAAGCGGAACAGUGGCAGUGGAGAACCCCCAGUUGUGAUCGUUGGAAACAAGAAGGACCUGCAGUUUGACCGAAUGGUAACCUUUGAGGAUGGAGAAAAUCUCUCCAAGGCUCUGAAGCAUCCCUUCUAUGAGAUCUCUACCAGGGACAGCUAUGAAGAGUCUGUUGUGGUCUUCAACACCUUAUAUGGUGAGCUGAUGAAGCAAGGGCAUUUUUCUCCAGGGUCCUUCAAGAGGCGAGCAUCAUCUAAGUUAAUGGAAAAGAUUCCCAAAAUCCAUGCCAAUUCAAGUCUAACUUCAGCAGGCAGGAGUCUCAGCUUCAAUUCAUUCAGGGACUACAUCCCAGAGUGAACAUUUGUCUAAACCGUUGUACAGUGAUGUUCGAAGCACACAGAGGCAGUUCAAGAUUAUAAGGGAGAGGCUGCAGGAUUGUUAGCACAAAGGGCAAGAGGCCUGCACAUUGUUAGGAAAACUUUUUUAAAAAAAAGAAUCCAUCAAAAUUGGAGUAUCUGAGUUUGGUCCUUAGCUGAUAGCACAAGGCUACGUGAUGCAACAGAACAACUUACUGGAUGUACCAAAGGACAGUCUAUACCUGAAUUUUGCUUUCCAAAACAUUUUUUAAAAAAAUCCAAUCCAAAAUUAAUGAUCCUUUCCCCCUCCCACUAUUUUCUUCUAACAAUUAAUAUUCAGUAGCCCACAAUCUCUGGCUCAAGGGAUUCCAUUUAGCCAAUGUGUCCAAUGUAUUUCACUUGGCCCAUUCCACAUACCUUUCCCCAUGGAUUUGUUCUCUUUCAUUUUAAACUUAAGUGAAGCUAGUAGCCAUCUUAAUGGCAGAGAAUUCUAGAAGUAAGUGAGUUGUAGCGUGUUCUCCUGUAGAGUCUUUUAAAUUUGGAUUUAAGAGCACUAUAAAGCUCCAUUGGGUUGGGCCCUUUUUAUUUUAUUUUCAACAACAGGAAAACAGGAAAACUAAAUGUCUUUGCAAAUGGGAAUUCAGGUGCUGAAUUCAACAAUCGUUGAGCCUUGUUAAGUGUUGAUCUCUCUUUUAUGUGGUUUACAACUGUGGUUUACAAGGUCUUAAAUAUAUUGUUAUCUCUCUGGUUCUUACUACUGAUCUGUCUUUUCCAACAAGCAUAACAUGUUUGCAACUUUUACAGAUUAAGACCAUUGCUAUCAUUUCUUUUUGAUGGAUGCAGUAAAAACCACCCUUAAUUAAUCAAAUAUACUUAGCCCACUGAAAAUGUUUGCUUGCUUGGGGAAAAGGGUGAUUUAUUUGCAUAAGAAGGUACAAGAAGAUCAGACUUCGUAGCCAGAAGGAAGAGAAUUCAGGGAAUUGGGCAAGUUUAGAGUAUCCUACAAGUUAGUAUUUAAAGGCCAUUAAGUCUACUACCAGGAAAUUCCAGGUACUCUUUGCCAGAGUAAUUUGAAUUCAGAUAAUUCAGAUAGUGUGGAUGAUAGGAGCCAAGAAUGUGUUCACCUGCCUCCCUUCUUUUCAGAUUUUGCUUGAAAAUGUGAAUAUAUGAAGCUGCCUCAUGGGAAGGUCCUUCUAGCCUAUGAGUUUAUAUUUAGACAGAUAGGAACUUUUUAACAUCUCAGCUUCACUGUUCCUUGAGAUGCUUUAACAAAUAAAAUGUUCCUUAUUUAAAGAAAAAUAACUGGAGAAAUGCUUGAAGCAUAUAUGGUUUGCCACAGAUCUACUGCCCCUCUUCAAGCUACCCCCCCACCCGGCCCAGGAGCUUCAUCUACUAGGCCAAUAUAUUGCUCAGACUCCCAGGCACCUGUUGUUCUGGAAGGAGAGAUGGCAGAUUAGUUGGUUCAGUUUGUUCCCUAAGGCUCCUACAUGGCUUCUUUGCUUUGGAAAACUAUUUAAAUAGCUGCUUGCUCACUUCUACUACUCACUUCUUUACAGUGGUUUUUGUGGCUUCUUUGCAAUACAGCACAAAGAAACAAAAGGUCUUAUGUCUCAAACAUGCAGAUAUUUUACAUACACCUUGAAGGAU